CGGGCGCUUCUGUUAUUCAGCCGGUGCGCGCCGCGGCGGGAGGCAGCGUCUGUGGAGUCCAUUCGACCUAAGGUCCCGAGAACGUGCCUGGGCACAGCCCGUGCCGACGAGGGGCAGCCUUGUGACCGGACGGAAGCAAGGGGCAGCCAGCACUGCGGCCGGCGGGAAGCACCCGGGACUGGGGAAGCCCCGGGAGCAGCACCUCGGCGCCUCCCACACCCUUGGGGCCGCGGCGCAGGGUCACGGGGCACGACGCCACCGUGCGCGACCCCGGCCCGGAUUCCGAGUGGUCGCCCAGCUUCCAGCGCCGCCCGCGCCGCGUUGCGGGGCGUGGAAGGCACCUGCGCCUCUUAGGUCUCCGCCCCUCAGCCCCCCAGCGCCAGGCUCUGGCAACUCACCUGGACGCGCGCGGGCUGCGUGAGUCGGGCGUGCGGGGCGCGGCGGCCUCGCCCCCUCGCGGGAGGACGCAGGUGGAGCGGGCGCGGCUCCUUGGGACCCGGCUCCUCGGGACGCGGCGCCGGCCGUCACUAGGUCCGGGACACCGGGCUGCUCGUGCCCGGGAAGGGAGCCCCCUCAGGUCUGGACACAAUGAACAGCGGCAGCGUCAACAUCACCUAUGCCAGUCGCAAGCGGCGGAAGCCGGUGCAGAAAACUGCAAAGCCAAUUCCACCUGAAGGAAUCAAGUCAAAUCCUUCCAAGCGACAUAGAGACCGACUUAAUACAGAAUUGGACCGUUUGGCCAGCCUGCUGCCUUUUCCGCAAGAUGUUAUUAAUAAGCUGGACAAACUUUCUGUUCUUAGGCUCAGUGUCAGUUACCUGAGAGCCAAGAGCUUCUUUGAUGUUGCAUUGAAAUCUUCCUCUGUGACCAGAAAUGGAAGCCAGGAUAACGGUACAGCAAAAUUCAGAGACUUGAACUUGCAAGAAGGAGAAUUCUUAUUACAAGCUCUGAAUGGCUUUGUACUGGUUGUCACUACAGAUGCUUUAGUCUUUUAUGUUUCAUCUACUAUACAAGAUUACCUGGGGUUUCAACAAUCUGAUGUCAUACAUCAGAGUGUGUAUGAACUUAUCCAUACUGAAGAUCGAGCUGAAUUUCAGCGUCAGUUACACUGGGCAUUAAACCCUUCACAAGAGUCUGGACAAGGAAUUGAUGAAACUCAUGGCCUAACACAGGCAGGAGUCUAUUAUACCUCAGACCAGCUUCCUCCAGAAAACUCUUCUUUUAUGGAGAGGUGCUUCAUAUGCCGGCUAAGGUGUCUGCUAGACAAUUCUUCUGGUUUCCUGGCAAUGAAUUUCCAAGGGAGAUUAAAGUAUCUUCAUGGACAGAACAAGAAAGGGAAGGAUGGAUCUAUGCUUCCUCCUCAGUUGGCUUUGUUUGCAAUCGCUACUCCACUUCAGCCACCAUCCAUACUGGAAAUUCGAACCAAAAACUUUAUCUUUAGAACCAAACACAAACUAGACUUUACACCAACUGGUUGUGAUGCUAAAGGACAAAUUGUUUUAGGAUACACAGAAGCUGAGCUGUGUGCAAGAGGCUCAGGAUAUCAGUUCGUCCAUGCAGCUGACAUGCUGUAUUGUGCUGAGUUACAUGUUCGAAUGAUUAAGACGGGAGAAAGUGGCAUGACAGUUUUCAGACUUCUUGCAAAACACAAUCGAUGGACAUGGGUCCAGUCUAAUGCGCGCUUAGUUUAUAAAAAUGGACGACCAGAUUAUAUCAUCGCAACUCAGAGACCUCUAACAGAUGAAGAAGGAAGAGAUCAUUUACAAAAGCGCAAUUUGACCUUGCCUUUUAUGUUUACUACCGGGGAAGCUAUGCUCUAUGAGUUAACAAGCCCAUUUCCUACUGUAAUGGAUCCCUUACCAAUAAGGACUAAGAGCAGCAACACUAAUGGAAGAGACUGUGCUACCAAAUCAACUCUAAAUAUGGAUUCUGUCCUUCCCACUUCCCUCCUGGGUUCCAUGAUGCAACAGGAUGAAUCUGUUUAUCUCUAUCCUGCUUCAAGCACAACACCUUUAGAAAAUGUGUUUAAGGAGUCUGGGGGUGAAUGCAGUAAUUGGCAAAGCAGUAUUGCACCAAUGGGAAAUGAUACCCUUCUGAAACAUGAGCACAUUGGACAGUCUCAGGAAGUUAACCCAACACUCUCUGGAGGUCACACAGAGAUCUUUCCAGAUAAUAAAAAUAGUGAAUUGUACAACAUUAUGAAAAAUUUAGGCAUUGAUUUUGAAGAUAUCAAACAGAUGCAGAAUGAAGAAUUUUUCAGAAGUGAGUUUUCUGGUGAGGUUGACUUUAGAGACAUUGACCUAACAGAUGAAAUUCUAACCUAUGUCCAAGAUUCCUUAAAUAAGUCUACCUUCCUGAGGGCAGAUUACCAAGAGCAGCAGCCUGUGGGUCUGAACUCAAGUUGUAUGCUACAGGAACGUCUGCAGUUAGAGCAGCAGCAGCAGCAACAACAACAACAACAGCAACAACAGCAGCAGCAGCAGCAGCAACAACAACAACAACAGCAACAACAGCAGCAGCAGCAGCAGCUACACCAGCACCCUCACCAGCAGAAGCAGAUAGGUGUGGAGCCCCAACAACAACUGUGUCAGCAAAUGAGGAAUAUGCAGGUUAAUGGCAUGUUUGCAAAUUGGAACUCUGACCAAUCCAUGCCUUUCAAUUAUCCUCAGCAAGACCUACAGCAGUGCAGUGUCUUUUCAGACUUACAAGGGGCUCAUCAGGAAUUCCCCUACAAAUCUGAGAUGGACACUAUGCCUUGCACACAGAACUUCCUUUCCUGUAAUCAGUCUGUUUUACCACAACAUUCCAAGUGUACACAGUUGGACUUUCCCAUGGGGACCUUUGAACCAUCCCUGUACCCUAGUCCUUCUUCUAAUUUAGAUGAUUUUGUCACUUGUUUACAAGUUCCUGAAAACCAAAAGCCUGGAAUAAAUUCCCAGUCAACCAUCAUAACUCCUCAGACAUGUUAUGCUGGGACCAAUUCAAUGUAUCAAUGCCAACCAACCCUCCAGCAUACCCACAUGGAGCAGAUGCCAUAUAAUCCAACUUUCCCAGGCCCACCGGCAUUCUUGAACAAGUUUCAGACAGGAGGAGUAAAUGAACAAUUCCCAGCUGAGUUAAAUAACAUGAGUCACAUGCAGACCGCCCCUCAUCUUCAGCCCCUUUCUCAUCCAUCAGAUGCCAGACCUUUCCCUCACGUGACACCCAGCGGAUUCCUCUAACUCCAAGCCUGAUUUUCACCUUCACUUUUGGAUCAGAUUAGUUUUUGAUGGAUCACAAAAAUGAUACUGUUCGGCAUCAGCACUGUUAUUCCAAACCAAAUUUUAUUCUUUGUUCUUAGAACCUGAGUUAAAUGUCCACUUUAUACAGAGUAGUCUUUGAAAUAGAAGCACACAUCUGGGGAGAGUGGCCUUCUGAGUUCACAUCACUCAGCCAGCACCAUGGGUGUCACCAAGUGCAUUCAGUACUCCCCACUCUCUCAGACGACUUGAUGUGACUAAUUACUGUCAGAAUAAAAAUGAACUACUUUGAGUUUGGAUUUUUAAAUUCUUAUUGUACCAAAUACAGUUAAGAAAUUAACAUAUUUCCCUACAUUCUUAGCUUCUGCUCUUAUAUAAGUUUGGAAUUAAAUGGUUUGGUGCUUCUGUAAAAAGGUAAUCUCAAUGCCUUCCUCGCACUAUCAGUCUAAGUGCCUCACCUCUUUCUUACCUGUCGCUGGAGAUGUGUAUUUUAUAUUAAAUAUUCUCCUUUGAUAAAUUAAUAACAUUCUUUUGCACACAUAUAUUACUUGUAUUUCCUAGAUCUCAUCAUUUUUAUUAGUCUAGGCAUGGUUUAACUGCACUACUCAUCCAUUUUCUUUAGGUAAGGACAAAUAAUGAUUUGAGAAUAUAAUUAUUUAUUAUGUACUAUAGUUGCUUCUGGACUUUAAAUGUUGCUAUGUGCCUUAUGUUGAAGAAUUCAAAAACAAAAUGUCUUUCCAAAAUUAUCUUAAUUAUUGCAUAAAUAUUAUGACAUCAGCACUUAAAUUUCAACAGUGUUUCAUUUUGGAAGAAAAAAAAUAUUUUUUUUCUGGAAUCUAUCUAAAUCUU